CCAAAGUUUUUUGUGUGAAAUGCUGAAAUACGUACUCUUUUAUCAAAUCUUUGAUCAAGAAGAAGAUUUUCGAUGGGGUUUCACGUUCUUAAGCAUACCUUGCGCUCUUACAGCAGCUCCCUCGUCGGCUUCUUCUCCAAAUCUCACCCUCCUCUUCUCUCUGCGAGAUUGGUUAGAGCCGGAGAUGCCAGUUCCAUCAGAUGUCUGGCUUCUGCUUUACGUGGAAAAAACAAGAAACAGAGACUAGACGAGGCUUGUCUCGAAAGGUAUCAGGAAUACAGUCGCGCACUAAUACAAUCAUGGAUUUUACAAGGCAAAGUGCUUGUGGAUGGGAAAAGAGCUAGUAAAGCUGGAAUGCCUGUAGCUAAUGGUGUUUCCAUUAAGAUUACAGCUGAAGUUCCCAAAUAUGUAUGUAGAGGUGGGCUGAAGCUGGAAGCUGCAAUAGAGAAGCUAGAUGUUGAUGUUUCUGAGAAAGUAGUUCUUGAUUCUGGUCUUUCUACUGGAGGCUUUACAGAUUGUUUGCUUCGUUAUGGUGCCGCUCAUGUCUAUGGUGUUGAUGUUGGUUAUGGUCAGGUAGCUGAUAAGAUUCGUAAUGAUAAGCAUGUGACUGUUAUAGAAAGGACAAAUCUGAGAUACCUUCCAGGACUCCCCCAAAAAGUCGAUGUAGUCACACUAGAUCUCUCUUUCAUUUCCAUUCUCAAGGUGAUGCCAGCGGUUAUGAAUGUGAUGAAUGACGAUGCAACUUUAGUUACCCUUGUUAAACCUCAAUUUGAAGCUCGGCGAUCACAGGUUGGGAGGGGUGGUAUAGUGAGAGAUCCUGAAGUGCAUCAGGAGGUUCUUGAGAAGAUAAUAAAUGGUAUUGAGCGCUAUGGAUUCACCAACAAAGGGUUUAUCGAAUCUCCCAUCAAGGGCGCCGAUGGAAACAUAGAGUUCUUGGUUCGCUUCGACCGAGGGACAGUGAAAUCCCAAGAAGAAGAAUACUAAGACAUUAUUGUUUCUUUCUUCUUUCACUCCAUUUCCUUGAAUUAACGUUUAAGUUAUGCACUUUACUACUGUUCUUUUGUUUUGCUAAUGUCUUGAAUCUUCAAAGAUAAUUACCAAACCAAUCCAAGACUAAUCAUUUCAGAGAAUCUCAGGAAGAGUAUUUUGGGCU